AUGGAGCUGCCUCUCACCCCUCACCUGUUCUUGUCCCUGAUGGUCCUGACAGGUCUCUGCUCCCCCUUCAACCUGGAUGUGCAUCACCCACGUCUAUUCCCAGGGCCACCUGAGGCUGAAUUUGGAUACAGAGUCUUACAACAUGUUGGGGGUGGACAGCGAUGGAUGCUGGUGGGUGCCCCCUGGGAUGGGCCUUCAGGUGACCGAAGGGGAGACAUUUACCGCUGCCCCGUAGGGAGCUCCCACAAUGCCUCAUGUGCCAAGGGCCACUUGGGUGACUACCCACUGGGAAAUUCAUCUCGUCCUGCUGUGAACAUGCACUUGGGGAUGUCUCUACUGGAGACAGAUGGUGAUGGGGGGUUCAUGGCCUGUGCCCCUCUCUGGUCUCGUGCUUGCGGUUCCUCUGUCUUCAGUUCUGGAAUAUGUGCCCAUGUAGAUGCUUCAUUCCGGCCCCGGGCAAGCCUGGCACCCACUGCACAGCGCUGCCCCACAUACAUGGAUGUUGUCAUCGUCUUGGAUGGCUCCAACAGCAUCUACCCCUGGUCUGAAGUUCAGACUUUCCUACGAAGACUGGUGGGAAGACUGUUCAUUGACCCAGAGCAGAUACAGGUGGGGCUGGUACAGUAUGGUGAGAGCCCUGUACACGAGUGGUCCCUGGGAGAUUUCCGAACCAAGGAAGAAGUGGUGAGAGCAGCAAGGAACCUGAGUCGGCGGGAGGGACGAGAAACAAAGACUGCCCAAGCAAUAAUGGUGGCCUGCACAGAAGGAUUCAGUCAGUCCCGUGGGGGCCGCCCAGAGGCUGCCAGGCUGCUGGUGGUUGUCACCGAUGGAGAAUCACAUGACGGAGAGGAGCUUCCCGCAGCACUGAAGGCCUGUGAGGCUGGACGAGUGACCCGCUACGGCAUUGCCGUCCUCGGCCACUACCUCCGGCGGCAGCGAGACCCCAGCUCUUUCGUGCGGGAAAUCAGAGCUAUCGCCAGCGACCCAGACGAGAGAUUCUUUUUCAAUGUCACCGAUGAAGCCGCGCUGACGGACAUUGUGGACGCGCUGGGAGACCGGAUUUUUGGCCUUGAGGGGUCCCAUGGAGAAAACGAAAGCUCCUUUGGUCUGGAAAUGUCUCAGAUCGGUUUCUCUGCUCAUCGGCUGAAGGAUGGGAUUCUCUUUGGGAUGGUGGGGGCCUAUGACUGGGGGGGCUCCGUGUUAUUAUGGCUUAAAGAAGGUCACCACCUUUCCCCCCCACGGACGGCCCUGGAAGAUGAGUUCCCCCCUGCACUGCAGAACCAUGCGGCCUACCUGGGUUACUCUGUUUCCUCCAUGCUUUUGCGCGGUGGACAACGCCUGUUUCUCUCAGGGGCUCCUCGGUUUAGACAUCGAGGAAAGGUCAUCGCCUUCCAGCUUAAGAAAGAUGGGGCUGUGAGGGUCGCCCAGAGCCUCCAGGGGGAGCAGAUUGGCUCAUACUUUGGCAGUGAGCUCUGCCCAUUGGAUACAGAUGGCGAUGGAACAACUGAUGUCUUACUUGUGGCUGCCCCCAUGUUUCUGGGACCCCAGAACAAGGAGACAGGACGUGUGUAUGUGUACCUGGUGGGUCAGCAGUCCUUGCUCACACUCCAGGGAACACUUCAUCCGGAACCUCCCCAGGAUGCUCGGCUUGGGUUUGCCAUGGCUGCCCUUCCUGACCUGAACCAUGACGGCUUUGCCGACGUGGCGGUGGGGGCACCGCUGGAGGAUGGGCACCAUGGAGCGCUGUACCUCUACCACGGGACUCGGAGUGGAGUCAGGCCCCGCCCUGCCCAGCGGAUUGCUGCUAUCUCCAUGCCACAGGCCCUCAGCUACUUUGGCCGAAGUGUAGAUGGCCGGUUAGAUCUGGAUGGAGAUGACCUGGUGGAUGUGGCUGUGGGUGCCCAAGGGGCGGCCAUUCUGCUCAGCUCCCGGCCCAUUGUCCGCCUGGCCCCUUCCUUGGUUGUGAGCCCGCCGGCCAUCAGUGUGGUCCAGAGAGACUGCGUGAGGCGAGGCCAGGAGGCAGCCUGCCUCUCUGCGGUCCUUUGCUUCCGAGUGACCUCCCGCACGCCUGGCCGCUGGGAUCGCCGGCUCUACUUGCAGUUCACAGCAUCACUGGAUGAGUGGACGGCGGGAGCCCGGGCAGCUUUUGACGGCGCUGGCCAGAGGCUGGCCCCUCGGCGGCUCCGGCUCACUGUGGGGAAUGUCACUUGUGAGCAGCUGCACUUCCACGUGCUGGAUACAUCAGACUACCUCCGGCCGGUGGCCUUGACGGUGACCUUUGCUUUGGACAACACCACAAAGCCAGGCCCUGUGCUGGAUGAAGGCUCACUCACCUCUAUACGGAAGCUGGUGCCCUUCUCAAAGGACUGUGGCCAAGACAAUGAAUGUGUCACAGACCUGGUGCUCCGAGCGAAUAUGGACAUCAGAGGCUCCAGGAAGGACCCAUUCGUGGUUCAAGGUCGGCGGAAAGUGCUGGUGACAGCCACCCUGGAGAACAGGAAGGAGAAUGCCUACAACACCAGUCUGAGCCUCAGCUUCUCUAGAAACCUCCACCUGGCCAGUUUCACUCCUCAGAGGGACAGGUCGGUGAAGGUGGAGUGUGCCACGCCUUCCCCUCACGCCCGGCUCUGCAGUGUGGGACAUCCCGUCUUUCAGACUGGAGCCAAGGUGACCUUUCUGCUCGAGUUUGAGUUUAGCUGCUCCUCCCUCCUGAGCCAGGUCCUUGUGAGGCUGAGUGCCACCAGCAAUAGCCUGGAGAGAAAUGGGACCCUUCACGAUAACACAGCCCAGACCUCAGCCUACAUCCAGUAUGAACCUCACCUUCUCUUCUCUAGUGAGUCCACUAUGCACCGCUAUGAGGUUCAUCCAUACGGGACUCUCCCAGUGGGUCCUGGCCCUGAAUUUAAAACCACUCUUAGGGUUCAGAACCUUGGCUGCUAUGUGGUCAGUGGCCUCGUCAUCUCCGCUUUCCUUCCAGCCGUGGCCCAUGGGGGCAAUUACUUCCUGUCACUGUCUCAAGUCAUCACUCACAAUGCGAGCUGCGCGGUGCAGAAUCUGACUGAGCCCCCAGGGCCCCACGCGCACCCGGAGGAGCUUCGGCACACCGGCAGGCUGAAUGGGAGCAACACCCGGUGUCAGGUCGUGCGGUGUCGCCUUGGGCGGCUGGCUAAGGGGGCCGAGGCCUCUGUCGGACUGCUGAGACUGGUUCACAAUGAGUUCUUCCGGAGGGCCAAGUUCAAGUCUCUGACAGUGGUCAGCACCUUCGAGCUGGGAGCUGAGGAGGGCAGUGUGCUACAGCUGCCCGAAGCUUCCCGCCGGAGUGAGAGCCUCCUGGAGGUGAUCCAGACUCGCCCUGUGCUCAUCUCCCUGUGGGUCCUCAUUGGCAGCGUCCUGGGAGGGCUGCUGCUGCUGGCUUUCCUUGUCUUCUGCCUUUGGAAGCUUGGCUUCUUUGCCCGUAAGAAGACCCCCGAGGAAGAAAAAAGAGAAGAGAAACUGGAGCAAUGA